AUGGCUGCUGAAGCUGGACGACUCAAAGCGACACAACGUUCGACGCGUCACUUGAAGACCUGCCCGGAUUCUGAACAGAAGACACACUCUUCGGGACGAGCUGGUCGUCUAGUGAGGGGUCGACGUGGCAUCGGCGUGGCGGUGGUGACAGAUUCCCCCCAGGGGCCUCCCCCUCGGGACGUCAAGCAACUGGAGGACAUUCAUGUUCUCGAGCCCGAUUCACGUUGCUGCUGCGGGACCAAGAAAGCCAGUAUAGCAGUAUGUCUGAUGUCAUUGGCCCUCGUGUUGACAGGCGUCUUCGGCAUCGUCGGAUUCGACAGCCUUUUCCACAUCAUCCUCAAUAAGGAAGUGGCCCUCUCCCCAUCGUCGCAAGCAUAUCCCAUGUGGAAGGACGUUGGCCACAAGACCUUAGUGAAAUUUUACUUCUUCAAUGUGACGAAUCCUGAGGAAGUUCUGGCUGGAGGGAAACCCGUUGUAAAUGAACUGGGGCCAUACACGUAUAGGGCACUGUGGAUCAAGCACAACAUUACGUUCAACGACAAUGGGACGUUGUCCUAUCAGGAAACGAAACAGUACUUUUUCGACAGGGACGAGUCCGUCGGUCCUGAAACGGACGAAAUCGUUACAGUGAACGUCCCUUUCGUGACAACGGCAAAGUUACUGAAAGAACAAAACUUCAUCAUCCGUGGCAUAGCGUCCCUGUCACUCGCUGGCCUCGGGCAACGCAUCUUCAUCACCCGUACCGUGGGACAGCUUACUUUUGGUGGCUACCCGGACAUACUUAUCCUGUUGGGUUCCGUGCUGGAUGCAGGAAAACCGAAACCAGGUCAACCGGGAUUCAACAUUCGAGACGUCUUUGGACAAGGCUAUCGCGCCGUCAUCGAUGGCCUCGGUUACCUGCUCGAUCCGGAUCAUCCAGGUGCACCGGCGGGCAAGUUUGGCUACAUGGUUAAUAAGAACGACACAGUCGAUGGGGAAUAUACCAUAUACACGGGAGAAAACGAUAUUUCCAAAGUGAACGAAGUCUAUCAGUUCAACGGACAACGAAGCCUUCAUGUGUGGCCAGGGGAAGAAUGCAACCAGCUGCACGGCACGCUGGGCCAUAUAAGACCUCCAUUGUCAAAGAGUGAUGACCAAGUGGUUUUCAUCCCCGAUAUUUGCAGGUCACUACCAACCCACAGUGUGGGCACGGAACAGUUCAAAGGCAUGGAGGUGAAGCGAUUUGUGGCUGGACCCUGGUCAUUGGACAGUGGUCGCAAGUACAGAGAAAAUUCCUGUUUUACACUCGAUCGAGAUCUUCCAGAGGGCGGUGCAGACCUGGCUCCUUGCAAGCAGGGUGCACCACUCGUCUUGUCUUUCCCACACUUCCUGUACGCAGACCCCUCGUACCUGGAGGGUGUAAGUGGCCUCCGUCCCAACGCCAGCUUGCACCAGUUCUAUUUUAACAGUGAGCCUACGUUAGGUGUGACUGUGAAUGCGAGGGGUCGCAUCCAGAUCAACGUCAUUUUGGAACGAGUCUUUGGACUAGGGCCAUUUUCGAGAGUUGGCGAAGGAGUUCUUCCACUUUUCUGGCAAGAAACAUAUGUAGAAGCUCAGGGAAAAACAGUGCGGUUUCUCAACUUCAUCAUCCGCCUUCCGGAGUACAUUCAUUGGAUGGCUGUCGCUGUUGUAGUGGCGGGCUCUAUCAUCUUGGCUGUAUCAGCCUUUUGUCUUUUCAGGCCUCGAGACCAAUUCGACUUGGGUUCCAGCGUGAAGGUUCAUCCUGCCGAAGAUGGCAAGGCAACAGCAAAUAUGUCUGCAACCAUUCCUGGGAAAGUGGAAAAAUUGAUCCUUGACAGGAUACCCAAUAGACUCUCCACCACUCAGAACAACUUCAUCAACGAGCUCAAGAGUCACCGUAAGCAUUCCGAGCCAUCAGCACCGGUGCAGGAGACCAUCAUAGACCAGUGAAGAAGGUGCAUCGGGGAGCGGGUUGUGGAACUUUUAUAGGACACAACAAAUUGUUUCAAUACUCAGGAUACCGAAGCGAGAUUCUGAACUCACUCCUUUUGGUCACAGUCCUCUUGUGCGAAUUCCCAACGUGGCCACCAACCGUGUGGCCAAAGGUUGUGCGACGACCCAAGGUCAAGAGCAAGGGCUCAACUUUGUAAGGCUUACCAAAAUACGCACGUGAGGCUUCCUAACCGUACCUUCCCUGAGCACUCAUUGUUUCGUUCACGUUUUACAUCUGUCCCUCGAGGAAGACCGUCAACGAAAGAAACCCUCUCGCAUAUUUUUGGUACCCUAAUGUGAAAUGUCAGUCAUAGUCGUACCAUAAAUAACAGCAGGUGUGUGAAGCUAAGUGCCUAGGAGUAUGUAAUGUGACCUGUUUGUUUGCUCAAUCCAAAGUGGCCCUUCCGACAACAUUCCUUACAUGCCUUCAGGCGUCUUAACAUUGAAGAGGGGCAGUUGGAAGAAAAUAAACGCAUGCCUUCUGUU